CUCUCCCUAUCACUCUCUCUGCAACUCUUUUGUCUGAAAGAAGACGAAACACCCUCUCUCUCUCUCUCUCUCUCUCUCUCUCGCUGUGCAGACAUAGAAACUGCUGAGCGUCAAAGUAAAUAAUUAGAAAAAAACAGAAACAAGCUUAAAGAGGAAACAACAAACAUGAUUUUCUUAGCUUUUGAUUCCCAAACUAUGUGGGCUAUCUGACACAUUCUCUGCUUGUUCUUCUAUUUGUUUUUAUAUUUCUUCCUCCGAGUCACCGACUCAAUGGCCUCGUCCUCCCGAGCACGGAGCAGCUCGCCAUUCUCCUACCGCAAGCCCUCCACUCCGUACUCUUCCGCUUCGUCCUCCUCCUCCUUCAUGAAUAGUCGAAUCGUGCCUCGCUCAUGCUCCUCCUCCGCGGCUUCGUUCUUCAACACCAGCGGUGGGCUUGGCUCCCGAUCCAUCACCCCGAGUCGCAGCCGCUCAGAUUCAAUGUACUCUGGUCCACGUGCAUACAAUAAUCGCUCUCCGGUCGGGUUUGCUUCGGAAGACUUAAUUUCAGAGCCUCUCGGUUCGCCGGGCUCCGGUGAUAGCAUUUCGGUGACAAUUCGGUUCAGGCCGUUGAGUGAGAGGGAGUACCAGAGAGGGGACGAGAUCGCGUGGUACGCGGACGGCGAUAAAAUUGUGAGGAACGAGUAUAAUCCAGCUACGACUUAUGCAUUUGAUAGAGUUUUUGGACCACACACGACUUCGCCGGAAGUAUAUGAAGUGGCGGCUCAGCCGGUCGUCAAGGCUGCAAUGGAAGGUGUUAAUGGAACUGUAUUCGCGUAUGGUGUUACAAGUAGCGGGAAGACGCACACUAUGCACGGAGAUCAAAAUUCCCCUGGUAUUAUACCCCUAGCUAUAAAGGACGUUUUCAGCAUUAUCCAAGAUACUCCAGGAAGAGAGUUCUUACUCCGUGUGUCAUAUCUUGAAAUCUAUAACGAGGUGAUAAAUGACUUGCUUGAUCCCACUGGUCAGAAUUUGCGUGUCAGAGAAGACGCACAGGGAACCUAUGUUGAGGGUAUAAAGGAAGAAGUUGUUCUUUCUCCUGGGCAUGCACUUUCUUUUAUUGCUGCUGGGGAAGAGCAUCGUCAUGUUGGAUCAAAUAAUUUCAAUCUGUUGAGUAGCCGAAGUCACACAAUAUUUACACUGAUGAUUGAAAGUAGUGCAGAUGGUGAUGAAUAUGAUGGAGUGAUCUUCUCGCAACUUAAUUUGAUUGAUCUAGCCGGAUCUGAGAGCUCGAAAACAGAAACAACUGGACUGCGGAGGAAGGAAGGAUCUUACAUCAAUAAAAGCCUUUUAACUCUUGGAACAGUAAUUGGAAAACUGAGUGAGGGGAAGGCAUCUCAUGUUCCCUACCGAGAUUCCAAGCUUACCCGCCUUCUGCAAUCUUCACUGAGUGGGCAUGGACAUGUCUCGCUUAUAUGUACAGUUACUCCUGCGUCAAGCAACAUGGAGGAAACUCAUAAUACAUUGAAAUUUGCAAGCAGAGCAAAGCGAGUGGAAAUCUAUGCCUCACGUAAUAAGAUUAUCGAUGAAAAAUCUUUGAUUAAAAAGUAUCAAAGAGAAAUUUCAAGCCUCAAAGAAGAACUUGAUCAGCUCAGGAGGGGGAUGCUUGUUGGUGUUAGUCAUGAGGAGAUUUUGACAUUAAAGCAAAAGUUGGAAGAAGGUCAAGUGAAAAUGCAGUCGAGAUUGGAAGAAGAGGAGGAAGCCAAGGCUGCUCUAAUGAGUAGAAUCCAGAAACUAACGAAGCUCAUACUUGUCUCUUCAAAGAAUACAAUUCCUGGAUAUUUGAGCGAUAUUCCCAGUCAUCAACAAAGUCAUUCAGUUGGUGAGGAUGACGAUUCUUUGCUUUUAGAAGGUGAGAAUCAGAAGGAUUCAUUGUCAUCUGCCUCAGCAGCUCCAGCAGAUGCACCUUUUGAUUUUAAACACAGAAGAUCUUCUAGCAAGUGGAGUGAAGAUCUGUCACCUUCUGGCAGUGCAAUUACUGAAUCGACUCAUGCUGGUGAACUUAUUAGUGAUUCAAAACUGCCAACAGGAGGGAUGACGAUGUCAGAUCAGAUGGACCUUUUUGUUGAGCAAGUUAAAAUGCUUGCUGGAGAAAUUGCAUUUAGCACCAGCACCCUUAAGCGCCUGGUGGAGCAGUCUGUAAAUGACCCUGAUAGCUCAAAAACCCAGAUUCAAAACUUGGAACAUGAGAUCCAAGAAAAGAAGAGGCAAAUGAGGGUCUUAGAACAGCGUAUUAUUGAGAAUGGUGAGGCUUCAAUUGCUAAUGCAUCCUUGGUUGAAAUGCAGCAGACGCUUAUGAGAUUGAUGACACAGUGCAACGAGAAAGGUUUUGAACUGGAGAUUAAAUCAGCAGACAACCGUAUCCUUCAGGAGCAGCUGCAGAAUAAGUGUUCAGAGAACAAGGAAUUACAAGAAAGAGUGAAUAGCCUUGAGCAGCACUUGGUCUCAUUUACGGGUGAUAAGUCAUCAAUGUCUUCAGAACAGUAUGUAUCUGGAGAAUAUACUGAUGAAUUGAAAAGGAAAAUUCAGUCUCAGGAAAUUGAGAACGAGAAACUUAAGCUGGAACAUGUUCAGCUUUCGGAGGAUAAUAGUGGCUUACGCGUCCAGAACCAGAAAUUGGCUGAAGAAGCUUCCUAUGCUAAAGAGCUGGCCUCUGCUGCUGCUGUUGAGCUGAAGAAUUUGGCUGGUGAGGUGACAAAGCUCUCAUUACAGAAUGCAAAACUAGAAAAAGAGUUGUUGGCUGCACGAGAUUUGGCACAUUCUAGAAGUGCUGCUAUGCAAACCGUGAAUGGUGUCAACCGCAAGUUCAAUGAUGGAACAAAAAAUGGAAGGAAGGGGAAGCUAUCUGGCCGUGCUUAUGAGAUUUCUGGAGCGGUCUGUGAUGAGUUUGAGUCAUGGAAUCUUGAUCCAGAAGAUUUAAAGAUGGAACUGCAAGCAAGGAAACAAAGGGAGGCAGUUCUUGAGGCUGCCUUAACUGAAAAGGAGUUCAUUGAAGAUGAGUUUAGGAAAAAGAUUGAAGAGGCGAAGAAAAGGGAGGAGGCUCUUGAAAAUGAUUUAGCAAACAUGUGGGUGCUUGUUGCUAAAUUGAAGAAGGAGGGGGGAGCUAUCUCUGAGUUGAACACUGAUGAGAGGAAUGGUGGGGGAACUGAAUUCAUUAGUGAUCCAAAAACAAAUGUACCGGAAACUAACACGGUUCUUAAAGAGAGUGAAGUUUUGGAUGUUUCAAAUCAAGCUGAUGAAAUUCCAAGGGAAGAACCCCUGGUUGUUCGCCUUAAGGCACGGAUGCAAGAGAUGAAGGAAAAGGAACUCAAGUACCUAGGAAAUGGAGAUGCCAAUUCCCAUAUAUGUAAAGUAUGUUUUGAAUCACCAACAGCAGCAAUUCUUCUCCCCUGUCGACACUUUUGUUUGUGUAAAUCUUGUUCGCUUGCUUGUUCUGAGUGCCCACUUUGCCGCACAAAAAUUGCAGAUAGACUUUUUGCAUUUACUUCUUGACACACUGCUUUUUAAGCCUCCAAAUGAAGGUUUGUCAUCAAAUAUAUGAUUGUGAUUCUACAUGCAACAGCGGUGCGAAUUCUUUUAUUACUUUGCCUUGUUUGUAACUGCCACAAAAGGUAUAUGAAUAUUUUGUUUCUGAAUCCAACCUCUAGAAUCUGUAAAAUAAGAGGGGGGAAAACAGUUGAAAAGAAAGACAAAAAGGAGAUGAGAACGGUAAAUUUUAAGUUUUCAGAUGCAAGAGCUUGCUUUGUUCUUACAGCAAGCUGCGGAAUGGUGUUAUCUGUCUAAACUCACUUCCAUGUAUAUAUAAACAAUGUAAGCUUCCAUAAGAAGCAUUUUUUUCAUCUCUGCA